AUGGCUCAGGUAGCUCUAUCAGGUAAAUUGUCUUGUCCGAGUCCUUCUGGCAUUCCGAGUCCUUCCUUCUGGCAUUCCGAGUCCUUCCUUCUGGCAUUCCGAGUCCUUCCUUCUGGCAUUCCGAGUCCUUCCUUCCGACAGAAAAAGUUUUUCCUUCUGGCAUUCCGAGUCCUUCCUUCCGACAGGAAAAGUUUUUCUUUCCGACAGGAAAAAUUUUUUCUGUUGUCCGUCCGUAAACCAUUCAAAUUUUCGAAAAUUGAGAACUUUUUGGCCGACCUUCAGAAAAAGUUUUUCCUUCCGACAGGAAAAGUUUUUCUUUCCGACAGGAAAAGUUUUUCUUUCCGACAGGAAAAGUUUUUCUUUCCGACAUUCCGAGUCCUUCCUUCCGACAGGACACAAACGAAUGUCCGACGUACCACCAACCGAGUCCAUUCCAAAGCCAGAAGAACCGACAGCCCCAGCACCACAACAGACUAA